AUGAUAGCUGAAAGAGAGCAAUUGCUUUUAGAAAGUGAACUUAAGAAAGUAGAAUUAUUCCCUAAAUUUAUUGUUGUGAGAAAAUAAAUUAACAAUCAAUCUGAUGAAGCUGGAGAAUGGUAAGGAUUUAUCAAAGAUAUAAAAUCUACUAUAAGAACAACAUCUGCAAAAUUAAAAGGUGAAAUUAUUCAAAAUAUGCAUUCAUCUUUGGGUAAGAUAGAUGAAGGGAUGGAGUAAAAUUAAAAGAUAAUUGGUUUACAAGAAGAUCUUGGAAAUCAAAUAAUUAAAAUGAAAGAAACUUAUGAAGCUUAGUAUGGAGAUAAAUAAUCAAAUAAUUUAAGUGUGAAUUAAAAGGUUGAGGCACUAGAUGCAAAAGUUGAUUCCAUUCAUUCACAAGGAAAAGAGCUUAAUUCAAAAGUUGAAGGUUUGGAUUCAAAGGUUGAAGGACUAGACUCUAAGGUAAUGAAACUUCAGGACGAUAUGGGCUUUAUAAAAGAUUCUUUAACCAAGUUACUUCAGAAAUAAUACAAGUAAUGA